AUGCUGCAGCUGCCUUCUCAGGAAGUAGGCGCUCCUAUCCCUAACAACACAGCUCAUGCUAUUUCAGUAACCUUACCUACAUGGGAAGCUACUGUUGGCUAUGAAGAAGGAGAAGAAUGGGUUACCAGCAAGAUGCAUUCUGGAUACCCCAGAUUCUUUAUUCAUGAGAUUAUUCAAGACCUUGCCAAAGCUAUCGAAUCGAAAUAUGGUCGUGAAGGUGAAAGAUGUAUGAUUUUUCCAUCCUACAAUACUGCCAAGAGGUGCAGAGAGUUUAUCAAGCAAAAGACCGAGACGUCCAACAUUAUGGUAAGAGUUUUGAGACUUAGAACUCCUGCUCCUACUACUGACUUUGAAAAGUCCUCGGUGGUUGAGUCGGAAAUUGGCAUUGUUCUUUUCCCAGCCUCGGAAUUUCCCUUGGCCAAGCAGUACUGGCAACACUCUGGUGAAGGUAUCUCUUCUAGAAUGGCCGAGUACGUGUUGAAACAAUUGUUUGAAAACGAACAGAAGGACCAGGCUAGAUUAAGAUCGAGAAACAAGCAAGAGCUUCAAGCCCAGAGUAUACAGAAGAAGUCACCAUCCAUAACGGCCUCUAUCAGAACAAAUUCCAUGGGCCAGAAUGAGGAGGCUGAGAGGGAAUUCAACACUUUCAUCGAGCAAAAGUACGGAAGAGUUCUUGAUUUGAAGUUUGCCAAGGAGGCUAAGUUGGCCUUAAGAAGACGUAUCUGUGGUAAAGCUGACAAAUCGCACAACCAAGAGGAAGAGAUGGAUAAGGCUAGAAGAGGCAAGUUCCUUAGUGAGACUGACGUUUAUCUUUACCCAACUGGUAUGGCCUCUAUUUUCAAUGCUCACCAGGCCGUCCUUGGUGUGGAGACGGAACCCAAGAAGUCUGUUUGCUUCGGAUUUCCUUACGUUGAUACGCUUAAUAUUUUGAAGAAGUUCGGCCCAGGCUGCUACUUCCUCGGUCACGGUGACGACUCUUCAUUAGAUACCCUCGAGGCUGACUUGGAAUCCGGUGAGACUCAAAUUUCUGCUUUAUUCUGUGAAUGUCCAUCCAACCCUCUACUCAAGACUCCUGACUUGCAGCGCAUCAAGAAGCUCUCUGAGAAAUAUAACUUUCUUGUCAUUGUGGAUGAGACUGUGGGUAACUUCUUGAAUAUCUCGGUGUUGCCUUACGCUGAUAUGGUGGUUUCAUCUCUUACCAAGGUGUUUUCCGGUGACUCCAAUGUGAUGGGAGGAUCGCUCAUUUUGAACCCAUUAUCUUCAAACUACAAGAAAUUAAAGCUGUACUUUAAUGAGAACUAUGAAGAUCUCUACUGGGCAGAGGACGCUCUUUAUCUUGAAAGAAACUCGAGAGAUUUUGAAGCUAGAGCACGCAUGAUUGAUGAGAAUGCUGAGGAAGUUGUGCAGUUGCUUCAGGGAAGUGACAUCAUCUCAGAAGUUUACUAUCCAAGUUUAUCACCUUCAAAGAAUCACUACGACGCGGUGAAGACACCCAACGGUGGCUACGGAGGCUUAGUUUCUAUUUUGUUCAAGGAACCUAGACACGCAAUCACAUUCUUUAAUGCCAUCAAUUUGCAUAAGGGCCCUUCCUUGGGAACUAAUUUUACUUUGGCCUGUCCCUACUCCAUUUUGGCCCACUACCAGGAACUCGACGAGAUCGAGCAGUGGGGAGUUGAUAGAAAUUUGGUGAGAAUCAGCAUUGGCAUAGAGGAACGCGACCUGUUACUCGAUGUCUUGAAUAGCAGUUUGGAGAUUGCUGCAAAAGAUGUAUAG